ACCAUUUAGUUCCGAACAUAAAUAAUAACAAUUUCACACGUGUUAAAAUAUUAAAAUAAAUCUAUAUAAAAAUGGAUGAAAAUUUGACAGUAGACAACAGUACCAUCGAAAAUAUGUGGAAGAACAACGGUGAACUAAAUUACGUGAGUCAAUGGUUGUUGAUGAAUACGCCGAUUCCUUUAGUUAUCAUAACUAUUACGUAUCUACUGUUCGUAAUCAAAAUUGGUCCAAAUUUCAUGAAGAACCGGCCUCCGUUCUCUUUAAACAAUGUUCUUCGUACUUACAAUACCGUACAAGUUGCGUAUGCUUUAUACUUAUGCUAUAAAGGAUCAAAACUUAUAUGGCAAAAUGGUUUUAUAGGAAAAUCGUGUUUAAUGGAAACUCAAGAAAGUCGUUAUAUAAUAACUUCAAAUACAUACUUUUAUUUUUUUGCAAAAGUCACUGAGCUCCUCGAUACAGUAUUCUUCGUCCUACGCAAGAAAGAUGAUCAAGUUACGUUUCUCCAUGUCUACCAUCAUUUGACUAUAAUGUGGUGCACUUGGUUCAAUCUCAAAUACGAACCAUCGUAUAGCACUAUAUUUUUGGGCACUCUAAAUUCCUACGUCCACGUCAUAAUGUAUAGUUACUAUGGCUUGUCGACGUUUCCUGAAAUGGCGAAAAAAUUAUGGUGGAAGAAAUAUAUAACUUCAUUGCAAUUAGUUCAGUUCGUGCUGAUGUUAUUACAGUCAGCAGCUAGCGCCAUCUUUCCAGGAUGUCCGCCAUCUUACACAUUAAUGAUAAUGAUAUACAUAAACGCUUCCUUAUUCAUUUAUUUAUUCGGUAAAUUUUACAUUAAAUCAUAUUUAAAUUCGAAUGACGCGAAAUGUAAUAUAAAGCCAGACGUAAAUCGCUACUACAUUGAAAAGAUUAAAUAAAAUUAUU